AUGAGUGAAACAACAUCAGCAUCAAAGAAGAAAUCUUCUUCAAAGUCAAAGCGUUCCUCGGAGAAGGAGAAGGAGAAGGAAUUGAGCAGUAGCGUUAUCAACACCAGCAACGACGGUGACGAAGAAAUGAGCGAACCAUCCACUCCAACCAUCGAAAAGAAAGAAAAGGAGAGAAAGAAAAAGAGCAGCAGCAGCAGCAGCAGCAGCUCCAAGACUAGAGCCGAGCGUGGAGAUAAAAGUGGUGCUGACAAGUCGACCACCGUCACCAGCAGCACAUCGAGUACAACCACCUCUGAAAAGGAUACCGGCGCUGGACAUAUCUCCAGUAUGCAAGUCGAAGAGUCAACUCAAUCCGUCACCACAUCCUCAAACCUCAACAACAAUAAUGUCAGUAAAACACCAACACACUCCAAUGCCAAUGGUAGUGGUAUCACUGCUUCAUCAUUGCCAAUGACCCCACUCACCAAGAUGUUUGGACUUGGAAGCAUUGGAACUCCAUUGCAGUCACCAUCGCGUCUAUCUAUCAAUCGUAUGAAGGAGAAGGAGGAGUUGACAGAGGUAACAAAGAAACUCUCAAAGAUCCUCACCAUUUUGGAGGAGCGUAACAAUGAGAUCGUGCGUUUAAAGGCUGAGCUCAACGACUCGAACAAGAGCUCCAGUGUCGAAGUGUCGGCAUUGCGUACACGUCUCGAUGAGACCGAAAAUCGUCUCACUCAGGAGAUCAAGCAACGUGCCGAAGCAGCAUCGACCCUCGAACUGACCUUGGCCGACCUCAAGAAUAAAGAGGAUCUCUACAUGCACGACCGUAACACCUUUGACGCACGUCUCGAAGAUACGAUCUCCUCGAUCACCAAAGAGCACUCUGCCCAGCUGACAGUGCUCAGAACCGACCUCAACAAACGUCUCCACGAGAUCGAACAACUCAAGGGUGACAUUAAGCUCUUGAACGCCGACCUCCUCACAAAGUCAAAGGAACAAGACGAGAGAACCCACAGAUUAUUGGAUGCCGAGUACAAGAGAAUGAAACAAAAGGAAGACGAACUAUUAAAUCUCAUUUCACAAAAGGAUGAUGAUAUUAAAAAAGUUAAACUUACUCUUAAAGAAAAGGAGAAAAUUAUUAUUGCCAAUCAAAGAAAAGAAGCAGAAUUAAAUCAAACUGUUGAAGCAUUUGAAAGACAAGUCGAAGACAUUAGAGAUAGUAUUAAUAGAGAAUGGGAGAUUAAGGUUGCCGAAGCUAUCGAGGAACAAACAUCAAAGUAUGCAUCGUUGGAGAUGACCGCCAAGUCAUUCGACUUUGAGAGAGAGACUUUCCGUAAUCAGAUCGCUGUCAUUCAACAACAGACCGAAGAUCUCAAUGUAAAGAACCACGAGUUGAGCGAUCGUAUCCUCGAUCUCAGUAAUGAACUUCGCAAUAAGGAGCAACAGAUCAUCACCCUCACCGCCGAGCAAGAGGAACUCAAGAAGAACCUACGUCGUUCACAGGCAGAGCUCAAGAGUAAAGACGGCAAGCUUUCGUUGCUCCAAGACGAGAUCAGCUCCAAGGAGAUCAAGUUCCAGCAGUACCAAUCGGAGAUGCACACUCUCAAGAAAGAGUUGCACUCGGCUAACAAUCAGAGCAUGGACCCAGAGAUCCCAAUCGGUGACGAGAUCAGACGUAUAAAGGAACUGGUCAACACAUUGACUCAUCAAUCCCGACCACACAAGAGACAAAGAUCAGGAGAAUACAGCGGUGAAAACAACAACAACAACGGCAACGAGUUGGCUGCCAACCACGAAGAGGAAAUGUCAGAUGCCGAACAACAAUCACCAUCGUCAACAUCCAACUCUGUAGAGCCAGCCGCUUCCACUCUUAAAUUAAAUACAAUGUGCAUCCUGAGCAUCGACACCACCAAGGAGACCAUUCGUCUCAAUGCCAGCGGUGACCAUGUCAACGGAAUGACCAUCACCGAUUGGAAGAUCAUCGUUAACAAGCCCGAUGGAUUCAAGUACGGUUUCCAAUUCCCAGCCAAUAUCACCCCACUCAAGGGUAUCAAUGUUAUCACUUUACACACCGGUCGUUCAAGAGCCUUGAACACCACCGCCGCCGAAAACGAGUUUUAUUGGUCGAGAACCGGAAUUUGGGAUUCGCCAGAGGGUACCACCAUCCAAUUAGUUUCACCAAAAGAAGUUCUUCAAGAGUCUGUUAGUUUAACCAAUGGUGCCUAUGUUAGAGAGGAAAGCAACCCCAAAGAACAAGUUUAUUAA